AUGCUUCCUCCUACUAGACACUCGGUCCUGGCUUCUGUGCUAGCCACGAUAGCGUACGCACAAUCAUCUUCUGGCUCCGACCCCGUGUCUUUGACAUGCGAUGAUCUCUCCGAUGGCCUCGCAUACAAUGCCUCCGUCACCCACAACACAACGGCCCUAACUCUCACCUACCUCGGAUCCGAUUCAGAGCCGUUGAUGCGCGAAGACGAUGGAACUAGUUGGCAGAUCUCAUCUUACAUCGGCCCUUACACCGGAAUGGGGGAUGAGUACGGUGAGAACGACACUCAAGCCGUUCUAUGGCUCGACAUUGGUGAAUCAGACAUGGAGCGUUUGGGCAAUCGGAUGGGUUUCUGCCAAAACUAUGUUCCGUUGCAGAACCAGACCAACGGAAACUUAACGUGGAGUAGAGAAGUUUUGGAGAGGGCGCAAGAUGAUAAUGGGGAUUGCAAGACGAUGCUAGGAGAAGAGUGUGUGCAAGCGCUUCAGACUUGGUACUCAGGUCAAGCUUUCGGCCUAUGGAGCACCCAGGAGUGCUCCAGUAUUGACCAUACCAUACCUUCCGAGUGUGAAGGUAUGUUGACCGAGGCUGUGACAAUGGAUACCGCACCCUUCAAUGCCUCUGCUCAAUUCCGAAUCUCGGACUGGUUCCCGUAUACCGACGCCUACGAUGAGAACGUUGCUGCACCUACGUGCGGCGACCGCAAUCUGAGCAGCAGCUGGGGUAACAGGAUCGAUACUACGACCGACUAUGAUGUGGCACUCAACUUUCCCAUUGUGAAUAUAUUAACCCUCUAUCCCAUAACUCCUGUCACCAACCCAUCUUCAACCCGCGCGGCCGAUGUAAAAGUUGUGUGUUUGAAACCCGGCAAUGUACAGGACGGAAGUCGGGCUCCGAGAAGUGCGAAAGAGGUGCUUGACGAGAAGUACGGUUCACAGGAUGGAGAAGAUUCCCCGGAUGAUGAGUCUAGUGCCGAGAGAACCUUUGGAUCGGGUAGCAGGGCUAUACUGGCAUCAACAGUUGGCACGGUGGUGGGCGUCUGGCUCGGCCUGUAA